AUGGUCGACAUUGAUCUGAACCAGAUGGUCUUGAGCUGUGGUGGGCAACAAGCUGUCAUCGCCUUCGACCCACCGAUGAAGGCCAUGCGCGAGGCUCGCGAGCGGCUUGUUCAAAUGGAUAAAGACGCUCUCCAGACCCUGGGCCGAAGCGACAUCGCCAUCACGAAGUUCGUGCCUGCGUACGUGCGUCCUGCUCAUCUGUGGAAUUUUACGCAAUGUGUGCUUGCCCUGCUCUUGCUACCGCGGCCGGCAAACUGGCAGCCUGGAUCGCUUCUCUACGACACCGUGUUGUAUCUUGUGCCUGGCUUCGCGAGCUUCGUCGCUCGAAUCGGCUUUACGGUUUGGGCCAUCACGGUACCUAUCCACAUAAUCGAAGCCAUCAUCAUGUCGAGGAAGCUUGCAAGACACGGAUGCACAUUCCUUGAUGCGGUCUGGUGGAAGUGGGUGGGUACGUGUCUCGUUGAAGGGUUCACGUCCUUUCUCAGGCUGAAUGCGCUCAUCGCGGAGAAGAAGAAAGAGAAGGACGCGAAGAAGCAUUAA